AUGCAUAAAGUGAGGAGAAGACGUGUAGUUCCCGUUGAUGUUCAUAGUGAAGACGAGGACGAAUUCGAUGUUACCCGAGAAGAACUUGAACUAAGUGAUCUAUCUGGCUCAGAGGCAAGUUGCGAGGAUUCGGACAUUGAAAGCGAAAAUUCACACAGUGACGGUGAAGAAGAAAUCGGUAAAGAGACCACAAGUUCGAUUACAGAGGAACGAAAUUCUAUUAGAGAAGAGGAAAGUUCGAUUACGGAAGAGCAGAGCUCUGUUAAAGGAGAGGAAACUUCUGCAAUAGAGGAAAUCAGCAGCUUAAUUGAAAACACAACCUUAACCUCGAACGAGGAAAAGGUAAAAAAUCGGAUCAAGUCAGACAUUUCAAAUUCUCCCGAGGUAAAAAGGGCAGCACAUGUGGAAGACAAGCAAAAAGCCGAAAACGGUUCAACGGCUAAAGAAAUUAACCAUGAGAGUAGUUCACCUGAAGAAUUAGCUGAUAGCCUAACCGACGAAGAAAGCGAUAGAUUGGACGAUCCAGAUUUAGCUGAAGAUAAAAAUGGUAAUAAACCGAAGGUAUUGACAGGUUGGCAAAAGAAAUUGCUGGCAAGGCAAGAGUAUCGUAAGAAGCUUGCAGAAGAUCCAGCAUUCGUACCUCAUCUUGGGGAAUUUUGGGGACAUGAUGAUCGGUUCAUAAGAGAUGAAUUAAAAAAUGACUUUGAUCGCCGCCCGAGAAAUUUACCUUUUGCACCCAAAGUAGUUUGGGGUGUUAAUGAGCCCAGAGGUCGAUGGGAUCACGACGGUUUUGAGGAGUUAAUGAAGAUGGAGGAAGAAGAACGGCGUUUCAACAACGUCGUGGCUUUAGACCCAGAGAUCGUGACAACUAAUAAUAAAGUACAAAAAUCUUUGAACAAUAUUGGUACAUCACCUCAGAGAACUUAUAUCAAGGAGAAUCGAACAGACUUUAAGCAGAAAGGGGUAGAAACUACAGUAGAAUCAACACCACAAUAUAACAAUCAAAAGUACACUUCUCAUUCACGUGAUACUAAUAGAUUUCGGGGCG